AUGAUCCUCUCAGCAGUGAGAGCGAAAGGAGAGUUUGAAAUUGGGGUGAACAUCCCACAUGAGGAGAAUGAUGACUCCCAAGUGAAGAAGAGGGUGAAGAGAUCAAUCAAGAGAUUGAGGAGAGUGAGCAUGAGGGCAAUGAGAAUGUGCCCAUGGAAGAGGAGGAGUCAAGUGAAGAAGAGGAUGAGCUCCCCAUAUGUGGAGUUGGUCCUCAAGAACAUGCACUUGGCCAAGCUCUUCUCUACCACAUGGAAUCCUACAAGGAGCUCACUUGCGAGUUCUAGCUUCAAUGAGGGAGAGAAGAGAAUGGUGACCUUUAGGCAGCUUGGAGAUCUUGUUUGGGUUCAACUAUGGAGAGGGAACCAAGUGGAACUUCAAGGAAAAGGAACUCCAAAGGGUUUGGGCUACAAUCGCUGA